ACAUCUGCAGUCCAUCUGCGCCAGAACGUUCCGGCUCCUUCCAACGCGCUGAGGAAUCACAGAUGUGUUAAGGGGGGGGGGGAUCCCACUCAACUUAACCCAAGAAAAUAUCCCACCGGAAUUCCACGCCCGCGGAUCCGCAGACGAGAUACAGAACGUGCCUGGAGCUCAGCAUCAACUCCCAGCAUGCCCGGACAACCAUAGACCUGUCUGCUUCCUCUAGAAGAUCCACACUGUCACUGAAAGUUUCUAAUGGAAUGAACCAUUCUCCACCCUCCCUGAACGGAGCUCCAUCUCCGCCGCAGCGCACUAGUAAUGGUCCUUCAUCCUCGUCUUCCUCGUCUCUGGCCAACCAGCAGCUCCCGGCUACGUGUGGGGUCAGGCAGCUCAGCAAACUGAAGAGGUUCCUCACCACCUUACAGCAGUUCGGCAACGAUAUCUCUCCGGAGAUCGGGGAGAAGGUCCGGACUUUGGUUCUGGCUCUGGUGAAUUCCACCGUAACCAUAGAAGAAUUCCACUGCAAGCUCCAGGAGGCCACAAACUUCCCUCUCCGACCCUUCGUCAUCCCGUUCCUUAAGGCCAACUUGCCGCUUCUCCAGAGGGAGCUACUGCACUGCGCCCGCGCUGCCAAGCAAACGCCCUCACAGUACUUGGCUCAACAUGAACACAUCCUCCUCAACACCAACUCGUCUUCUCCAUCCGACUCCUCCGAGCUGCUCAUGGAGGUCAAUGGGAACGGAAAGAGACACAGCCCCGAAAGGAGGGAAGAUAAUGGGUUCGAGAGAGAGCCUCUACCCCCAGAACCUCCAGCCAAGAGAGUGUGCACCAUCAGCCCGGCCCCCCGCCACAGCCCCGCUCUUUCUUUGCCCCUUUUGAACCCUUCCAGCCAGUUUCACCCCACUCCUCCGCCACUACAGCACUACACGUUGGAUGAUAUACCAGGAUCUCAGUUGUAUCGGGAUCCACUGGGCAAAAUCGUGGACUGCAGAGAAGGAAGAGAGCGCCACCAUGUGGUCACAGCAGGAAUCAAUGGCAGCUUGAACAAUGGAUAUCAGGAAGAACUUGUAGAUCAUCGUCUGACCGAGAGGGAAUGGGCAGAGGAAUGGAAACAUCUGGAUCAUGCCUUGAACUGCAUCAUGGAGAUGGUGGAGAAGACGAAACGCUCAAUGGCCGUGCUGCGAAGGUGUCAGGAAGUGGACAGGGAUGAGCUGAACUACUGGAAAAGACGUUACAGCGAGUCCUCAGAGCUUCGGAAAGGAAGCGAGCACCUAAGCAGACAGCACAGCCCAACUUCUAAUGACUCUGGAACCAGCGACUCUCAGAGGGACUUUGGAAGCCGAACCGGAGGAAACUACGUGACGGAAGAAAUCUGGCGGAAAGCAGUGAGCGCCCCCUUUAACCUCCCUCCUCCCUACACAGAAGAGGCGGUGAAUGAGGUAAAGCGUCAGGCCAUGUCUGAGGUACAGAAGGCCGUGUCUGAGGCCGAACAGAAAGCCUUCGAGAUGAUCGCGUCCGAGAGGGCCAGGAUGGAGCAGACCAUUGCAGACGCCAAGAGGAGGGCGACUGAAGAUGCGUUCCUGGUGGUCAAUGAGCAGGAGGAGUCUACAGAGAGCUGCUGGAAUUGCGGUCGUAAAGCCAGCGAGACCUGCAGCGGGUGCAACAUCGCUCGGUACUGCGGAUCGUUCUGCCAGCACAAAGACUGGGAAAAACAUCACCGCAUCUGCGGCCAAACCCUACAUGGCUCUUCCAAGGGGCUGACGCCCGUCCGCUCCCUAGUGCCCAAGCCUUCAGAUCCCAUCCUGCUCAGUCCCGCUGUGGAGAGGUCGUCCAGCGCCACCUCACGUUCUUCCACCCCCGCGUCUGUUGCCGCCGUAGAAAGCUUGUGAGCGAGGGACUUGGCCUACGUUGUUCUUGUGUCUUCUGCCACCAACGAGGACCUUGGAUUACACUAUAAGAAAUAUCUAUAAAUAGAACUUUUUUCUGAGGCCCCGUCACAUGUGGAUUCCAUAUAUUCUUUACUUCCAUGGUGGACCAAACCAUCCAUGUAAGACAUAGGGAACGUAGAAGAACGGCUGUCACAACCAAAAAUAUCCUUCAGAAGGGAGGUAACUUGGCUGCGGACCACAUCCCGGUAUCUCCCCACCCUAAGAGUUUCUCAAGAUGGAGACUCCCCAUUGAUAAUUUCUCGGCCCAGCUUAGACUCAUGGUCCGAUUCACACCAAUGGCGGCAUAUUGUUAUGGUGCAUGUUGUUAUUUUAUAAUGUCUUUCCCCUUGUUAUACGCUGGACUUCAUUUUAUUUUUAUGUAAUUGUUCUUUAUGUAUCUAUGUGCGGCUGAGCCCCUUCACUUAGGAAUAGAACCGGGAAGAAUAGAUAAGGAGAAAGGAGCUCAGGUAGUAAUUGUCACCUAUAGUAAAUAAAAGGCUUCCGAUCCUUUUCCCCCCCUUACAUUGGGGCGAAUUGCCCCAUCCCCCCCCCCCCCCCCCCACACACGUACACAUUACGUUGUCUGCCGUCCCAACAAAAUCUGAAGGUUCAGCUGAAAUGUAUCUAAUGCAAAGCUUCCCAUACAGUGUGCCACACUGUCCCUGAAGGGUAACUUAAGGCUUCCCUCUCAGCAACUGUUGGCUGUCUGGGCAAGCUGAGAGUUGUAGUUUUGCAACAGAUCGAGGCACCAUGGUUUGGAAACCUUGAGCUAGUGUGUAUGGGCCCCUACAAAAUAGUCCUGACGUAAAGGACCAGUCAGGGAAAUGUUAGUUGUGACGCAUGGUUGCGGUACAAAGGGUUCACGUUCAUGUUUAAUUGUUAAGAGAUGUAGCUUUAGGCCUCUGUUCACAUGUGUGAAAUUGUUCAAAAGUUCACUGGAAUCAAUCAGGAAUGUCAUGGUUGUCAAUGGCCGCGCGGCUCGGGCACAAUUCUGCCGAAAGAAUGAAAUUCAGCAGUGUGAACUAUUUGUUUGUUUUUUUUAGUGGGAACUUGUCAUCACUUUCAUGCUGCCUGAACCAGGAGUCAUCAGGGCAGUCUUCAGGGGCUUCUCCUCCCCCCCUCCAGCCUUGAUGGAUAGCUCUUUCCUAUACCCAAAUAGGUAGAGAUCUGUCAAUCCAGAGUUAUGGGGCGGGGAGAAGCCAACAGGGACCGCCUGAUGACUCCUGGUUCAGGCAGCAUGAAAGAGAUGACAGGUUCCCUAUGUAAACUAUGGUCAAUGCAGAACAUUCCUUAUUGUGUGACUGGUCUAUAAUUAUCACAUGACGUGGUGAAGGGUUAAUUUUAAGGGGUACUCCGGGGAACUAGACCCAUAGCCCAUCCUUUCCUUUUCACCCACCUAUUUGUCUAAAUAUCAUUCAUUAGCUAUAUACAGCAGUUUCCCCUUAUUGGUUGUCACAUGAAUGAAGUGGGGGUAUAAUAUCAUCCUGCCAACCACUCUGUUUCUGUCCAGAUCCCUCUCUGAAAGCAGCCCCACCCUCCUGAGAGACAGACCAUGUGGUUUCUGCCCUGAUGAGUCAUGCUAGUGCUGAGAACUGGGAGGUGUGUGCAGCCUCAGCCAAUCAGACACUGAAUCUUUCUCUGCUGCUCAGAACAGGAGGGUGGGGGCUGCCCUCAGAGUGAGCUGGAUAGCAGAGCUGCAAUUAUUGCUAGGAGAUGUAGCCAAGGGGAGAGAAGGAUGGCAAAGAAUAUCAAGAAACAGAGAAGACAACAGGAGCCAUGUAUAUCAUGCAGGGUGGUUUACAGGGAACAUAACCAGGUAGUGUGGGGGCUGUGAAGCUUUUUUUUCUCAUAUAUUAUAUAUAUAUAUAUAUAUAUAUAUAUAUAUAUAUAUAUAUAUAUAUAUAUAUACACACACACACAUACUUCCCUGAAGUACCCCUUUAAGAAGUGUGCAAUCUGGUUUUGACGUAUGACCCUCACCUAUGUUUUGAUGUAACAGAGCUGAAUUUGUUAUUAGUGCAGUUUUACCCUCAUAGGAAUUAACUCCGCCUCAUGUGGUGACUACCAUCAGCCGGUCCGGAUCUACCAUGAGGCCCUUUUCUAUAUAUCCUAACCCCCCCCCCCCGCUGUGUGUGUCAUGUGUAAUGGAGACCCUCACUCACACCCAAAGACAAUGCGUCACCAAAUGUUAACCCCGUCUGUCUUUUUUUUUUUUUUUUUCAUAUACACAGUUGUUGAUCCCAUGUGACGCUUCUUUUGGUUCGCCCCACAGCUGUGUCCUGAUGCCCGAAUCCUCUAUAUAUUAUCAGAUAUUUCCUAAAUAAGCUACGAAAACGUGUAUUCUGUCCGGAUGAGCCGCCACUUUAUUACCAAUAAAUUCUGUUUUAUCAACGUC